ACUCAGCAGAAGGGAACAUGGUUAAUUUCGGUUUCGUUUCUUUCGCAAAUGUAAUGGAUUAUUGUCAGCUGAUAAUCUGGAUGGAAAUGGAAACUGAGCAGUUUCGUUUCUCAUGCAAGCUCAAAGGCCUAUAUAUAAGGCCAGAAAGUGUUUUUGCUUUUCAUCAUCAUCAUUUCCGACUGGCUACUUGAACAAAAAGUAAUUGGGCUGAGUAAUUGCUUUCAACAGGAUGAGUGCCUCUGUCAAAGCAGCUAUGGAAGAAAAGCUAAAAGCACUUGAUUGCCACUUUACAUGGAGCAUAAAGAAGACUGACAUCAAGGACCUGGACCGCGUCCCAGAAAAACUCUUGGAUCGGAUCAUGAAGUACGGCCCUUUGAAAUACCACGCCACCUAUUACAACUUACUAGCAUUUCUGAGCCACUUGGAUGGAAACAAUACUAGUGCUCUUGAUUAUCUUCAGAAGGCUGAGAGUGCAUUGAAAGAUAGGCGGGAUGACACAGAGUUACUGAUGACCUAUUCUAACUUUGCAUGGGUUCACCAUUACUCAGGGAACAGAGAUAACGUGGAAGUCUACAUUGGAAAGCUGGAAAAUAUAAAUAAGGGUAUUCCCAAGGCCUCUAAGAUUCAAGGCAGCUUGCCUUCAGUACAUGGUGAGAAAGGCUGGAGCCUUAUCAGGCUUGGGGGCUUCUUUUACCAGAGGGCAAAAGAGAGCUUUCAGAAAGCACUAAAGGGGGAGCCAGACAAUGUUUCCUUCAAUGUGGGUUAUGCCAUAGUCCUGUACAGGCUGGAGGGCAUGGUCAGGGAAAGAAAAGCGAGGUCAGCGGAAAGUCAAGCCACCAAUCAGCUGAAGAAAGCCUUGUCUUUGGAUCCUGAUAACUCUGAGGUCAUGGUCCUAUUGGCACUGAAGCUUCAGCACAAAAAUAAAGAGGAAUCUAUGAAACUCAUCACAAAGGCCCUCAGACUGUCUCCUGAUGUUCCUCAUGUCAUACGUUACGCAGCAAAAUUCUUCAGAUAUGAGGACUCCAUUAAUGAGUCUCUACAUCUUUUGGGAAAAGCUCUGGAGGUGUCUCCAAACUCCCACUUCCUCCAUCACCAAAUCGGCCUGUGUCACAAACAGCAACUUUACCAAAUGUUCAAACAAAAGACCAAAGGGGGAAGUGGGGGGCAGAUAAAAGCAAAGGUGGAGGCCUGCAUUCGUCACUUUUCCAGAGCAGUGGAAUUGAAGCCAUCAAACAUCCACGCAAAGGUGGACCUGGCGGAGGCUUACGGGAACAACUACCAGCUGGAGGACGCAAUGAGAAUUUUCAUCAGCCUCCUAAAAGAUAAAUCCAUCAGUGACUCUGAAAAGCAGCACUGCUACACCAGCUUUGGCGUGUUUCUGUUCUACAAGAAGAAAGACGAGCCCAGAGCUGUGGCAGAGUUUAAAAAUGCCUACCAGAUCCACAUUGAGAGUAGGGACAGGAAAGAGGCUGGGACGAAACUGAAGCAGAUAGCAGAGAGGUGGAAGGCUAACAAGAAGAAAAUAGUUGAGGCCUCUGAAAUUCUGGCAUUCCUCACCACUGAAGACAUGAAGGAGGGAAAUUGUGAAGAACCAAAGAGAGUCAUGGUGCACUCUUCACAAACAGAUGACCUUUCAGAUAGCCUACGAAAAGGCAUGAAACUCAAUUAAUAUUAUUAUUUUAAUUAUGUAAAUUGAUUAUCAAUAAACAAAUGUUUAGGAUGGAAGAUCAAAUUCACAAACCAAGUAGUUUAUUCUUAAAUUCAGUCAUUUUAGGAUACUGUGAGGCAAAUGAAAACUCAUAGUCAAAAUUAACAACUUGACCUGAUAGUACUCAUCACACAAACAUGGGAUUGACUCUAGCACCCUUAAAAGCCUGUGUAUGUCGCUAUAUGUAUAAAAACAGAUCUGUUUAUUACAUUGGAUUUUCUGUAAAAUAUUCCAAGUACAUUUUCGUUAAAAAGUAUAUUUUUCAGAAACAUGUUAUUAUGAGUUUGGAUGUGUCACCCUUUCAGGAAAGUUCAUUAGGUAUCUUCACUAAUUCCAGCUUAUGUUGGUCAAACUGACAUUAACAUUGUGAAGAGAUAUAGUAUUUGCUAUUGUAACACUACAAUUGGUCAUAUUUAGGAAUGCUGCUUUAGCUUAAUGCAUUUUUAUGUUUUUUGUUGUAAAGUGAAACAAUAAUUAAAAGUUUUCUGCAAGUUUCAAGUUAUUUAUCAAACAAUAAAUUGCUAUUAGAGUUAGAAUGUAUAAAUUUAGGAAACAUGUUUUAUGUCUUUGAAUGUGUACCCAUUUGGAAAGUUCAAUAUCUUCCAUUUAACUUUUCUCGCUCAAAUUGACAUUAACAUUGUGAAGGUAUAAUAAAACAUUACCAACAAUUGGA